AUGCAUCUUGCUGAGUAUCUUUUCCACCGCAUUCAUGAACUUGGAAUCCGAUCCAUCUUUGGCGUCCCCGGUGAUUUUAAUCUAACCUCCCUUGACUACAUUGUUCCAUGUGGUCUCAACUGGGUCGGGAAUGUGAACGAGCUCAACGGCGGCUAUGCCGCCGAUGGUUAUGCCCGCAUCAAAGGAAUAGGAGCAAUCAUGACUACAUUAGGUGUUGGGGAGCUUUCAGCCAUCAAUGCCCUAGCAGGUUCAUGCGCCGAGCAUGUACCAGUCAUCCACAUUGUCGGAUAUCCCUCGACAACUGUCCAAGAAAAGCGACCGCCAAUGCACCACACGAUGGGAGAUGGCGACUUUGGGCGAUUUGCCAGAAUGAGUGCCGAAGUCUCGAGCGCCGUAGUCAUUCUGAAAGACAAGUCAGAUGCGACUAGGCUCAUCGACGAAACAAUUCUCGAGUGCUGCCGUUCCAGCAAGCCUGUCUAUAUUGGCUUCCCAGUGGAUCUUGUCAAUGCAGAGGUAGAUCCAUCUCCGCUCGAAUCCCCCCUGGCAUUCGAAGAACUCAACCUCCAAACCAUGGAGGAUGAAGAGCAUACUGCGAAUCUGAUCCUUGGCCGUAUUCGGGCGGCCCAGAAUCCGGUCAUCAUUGUUGAUGGUCUGGCUGGAAAGUCUUACAGUCUGAAUACGACGAGGUUAUUCGUUCAAAGCUCAGGAUUGCCUUGUUUUACUACGCCAAUGGGCAAGGGGGUCAUUGACGAGAGCCUGAUAAACUUUCGCGGUGUAUACGCAGGAAAUAUCUCGGAACCUACCGUUUUUGAGCAGGUCAAAUCCUCCGAUUUGGUCCUAGUGGUUGGGCCGCGUGUUACGGAUUUUAACACAGCUGAGUUCAAGACGGAUUUGCCUCAUAUCGAUAUCAUCAGAUUCGAACGUCACAGGAUCCAAAUGCCAUCCCAAGAGAUUCUGGCGCUCGGGAUGAGUGUGCUCGAAAGGCUCAGCAAUGUCCUUGAUAAAGAACGGUCAGGAUCUGUCUCCGCGGCCUCCACACCCUCCCGCCAGCUGAGUGGAACUCCUGAUGUACAUGGAACCGUCUCACCCUCCUCAAGCCCACCCAAGGGAAGUGUGAAUGGCGAUGAGUUUAUGGACUUCGAGGGUAACAUUGUUGAUAAGUCUCAACCACUGACUCACGACUGGAUCUGGCAGCGAAUGUCUUCAUGGCUCGAAGAAGACGACAUUAUAGCUAUCGACGUCGGAACCUCCACUUUUGGCACAUUGUGGUCUCGAUACCCGCGCGGGGCCGUUCCACUAGUGCAGCUCCUUUGGUCUUCCAUUGGGUAUGCGGUCGGUGCAGCAGUGGGAGCUGCACUUGCCGCGCGCGAAGACGAGAAAGAGUCCCAGGGCACUCGGCGCCGACGGACCAUCUGCCUCACAGGCGAUGGUAGCUUCCAAAUGACCGCACAAGAAGUGAGCACCAUGGUCCGCCGCAAGCUGGGCAUUAUCCUGUUUAUCGUCUGCAACGAGGGGUACACAAUAGAACGCUUGAUACAUGGCAGGGAUGAUGAGUAUAACGAUGUCCAGCUUUGGGACCACAAGCUUUUGCCGGCUGUUUUCCAGGCCGCUCCGAAUACUGCACGCACUUAUGCUAUUCGGACUAGGGCUGAGCUAAAUAUGCUGCUCGAAGACCCAUCGUUUGGUCCCGCUGCUCUGUUUGAUGAGGAUCAUGUACCCCCCUUGCGUAUUGUUGAGUUGCAUAUAGACAAAUAUGACGCGCCGGAGUGUUUACAGGGGAUGGUUAAUUCGGCUUCGAGGUGA